GUUUUAUGAAAAUUCCUAAACGAAUCAAACCAUCUACAGAAAUCUUUUUUUCUUCUUUAGUGGAUAUUUAAUUUUCGAAUUUGAACAAAAGCCAUACAAUAUGAAGUGGCUUUAUGGGACAGUUGCUCAAGUUCUUUCCGGAGACACAAUUUUACUCGUUGGUACUCCAAAAAUGGGACCUCCUCCAGAAAGGCUAGUUACAAUUUCUUUAAUUGUUGCACCAAAAGUUGCUAAUAAAACGAAAACAUAUGAAAACCCUGACCAGCCGUUUGGAUAUCACUCUAGAGAAUUUCUUCGUAAACUUCUUAUUGGAAAAAGUGUUAAAUACGCGAUUCACGGGAUCAUUAAUGGAAAAGAAUACGCUAGAAUUUUACUUGACAAUGAUCGAGAUAUUGGAACGAUCAUGGUGGAAGCAGGAAUGGCUAAAAUUGGUUAUUUUCAAAAAAAAACAGAAAAUCCUAGUGAUGAGCAAUACUAUAAUAGCUUGGUAGCGGCUGAAGAAAAAGCUAAAGAAAAUAGUCGUGGUCUCUGGACUAAAGAUAUGAAUGAAAGACUGACAGCAGUUCGAGUCAUUAACUGGUUGUUCCUCAACCCACCUAACACCAAAACAUUUGCAGAAAAAUAUUUACAUGAAAUCUUACCCGCUAUUGUUGAGGUCGUAAGAACGUCUGGAAGUUAUCGCGUGUAUUUCCCGGAAAACACUACCUAUAUAUCCCUUUCCUUGUCUGGUUAUAAUCCGAACGGAUUCAAAAUCAACAAUAAUGAAACAGGGGAACAAGCCAUUCAAUGGGAACCAUUUGGACUUGAAGGAAAAUAUUUCGCUUCACAACGUAUUUUGAAUCAUGAUUUGCAUGUACGCAUUGAAGGUUGUGAUGAUUUUGGAAAUGUUUACGGUACAUUUAUUCAUCCUAAUGGCAAUCUUACUUCACUACUACUACGUAAUGGGUUUGGAAGAGUGAAUGAACGAACCGUCUCUUUAACUGAAAAUGGCUCCGAAUUACGAGAAGCGCAGCAUAGCGCACAAACAAAUCGAUUGAGAAUAUGGCAAGAUUUCGAUUUUUGUCAAACAAGCGUCGCUGGAAAAAAAGAAUAUUUUGCUCGUGUUAUUGAAGUCAUUUCUGGAGACUGUAUUCUUGCUGCCGAUCUUCAUGAUUUCACGUUGGGCAUCACCCCGGGUGUUCGAUUAUAUUUAGCCUCUAUUCGGUGUCCUCGCCUUGGUAAUCGCAAUCGAGAUGAAGAACCUUGGAGUUUUGAGGCGAAAGAAUUUGUACGAAGGAGGCUUAUAGGAAAACGCGUCAAAAUUUUGGUUGAAUAUAUUAAAAAGAUAACGUCCACACCAGGAGAAACGCGAAAUUUUCCUAUACCUUCCGAUAACUCAAACCAAAUGCAUUUUGUAUCGAUUCUUCUGGAUAAUGAAAAAACAAAUUUAUCAGAACAACUUGUUUUCAAAGGGCUUGCUACAGUUCUUCCCGAUUAUGGGGACUCUAUUGCGAGUAAUUAUGACAUCUUAAAAAAAAAACAGGAAGAGGCUAAAGAGAAAAAAUUGGGAAUGUAUAGCACUGACAAACCAGCAAAACGUCGAGUCAAUGAUAUCUCGGGUUCGUCCAACGCACAUAUCGCAAAACAUUUUCAGGGAUCCUUUAAACGAAUGGGAUCUGUUUCAGGAAUUAUUGAAUACGUUAUGAGCGCUACACGUUACAAAAUCUUUAUACCUUCUGAAUCGGUUAUUAUCACCUUUUUAUUAGCUGGCGUUCGCGCCCCUAUCGAAAACAAAAAUGAUGCUUUGAAAGGCAUAACGGAAUUGGGAAUAGCACAAGAAUCUCAUCAAUAUGCAAUUCAUCAGUAUUUGCAGCGACCCGUUGAAAUUUCAAUUCAAAGUUGUGGACGAGGAGGAGCUUUUGUGGGACUGGCGUGGUAUGCAAAGGAAGCUAUAGCGGUUGAUUUAGUACGUCAAGGUUACUCUACAAUUUUCGGCCGUGUUCCAUCGGUAAUACAAAACCAACUAGAGGAGGCCCAAAGAGCAGCCAUGGGACAAAGUUUAGGUGUAUGGAGUGGUGACGUCGAUGUGGAGGAUAUUUUAGAUUGUGACAACGAUUCAGACACACAAAACAAAUCUUUACUUAAUAAAAAUUUAAUUCCAGAUUAUUUACGUGAUCCAUGUUUAGUUUCCAUUAUUUACGCUAGCAAUAUCAACGAUUUUUAUGUUCAAAAACUGGACAGUAAACAAGUAGAAACAUUUCAUUCAGAAUUAGCGGAAUAUAUAUCAAGGAAACAAGGAGGAACAAGGAAGAUUAGUUGGGCAGCGUUACAGAAAGGAAGUGUCGUUUUAUGUCAAUUCUCUGAAGACAAACAGUGGUAUCGAGCUAUCAUUAAAAAAUUGUAUCCUAAAACACAAGAAGCCGAGGUUUUUUAUAAUGAUUAUGGAAAUUCCGAAAAAGUUCACAUUUCUUCUAUGGAAGCAUGUCCUACUAAAUGGUUGCCUUCUGCAGUGCCUUGGUUGGCCUUUCACUGUAGUUUAGCAGGCCUUGCACCACCUCUUGAUUUUGAAGAGGAAGGUGUUGCAGCUUUCCAUAAAUUAAUAGACAAGCAAGUGUUUCUAUGUGAUUUCCAAAAUUAUUCUCCGAGUCUACAAAUUUAUUUUGUUGAGCUCUACAAACAACCAGAUGUGGAAAAAAAUUUGUCUUCCAACUCAAAUGUUGACACACAAUCGCAAUAUUCUGUAUCUACUUACCUCUUAGAAAAUGGUUACGCUCUAUUGGAUAAUACCAAUAAGGAGUUAUUGCCAAUCGAGUUUCUCAAUGCUGAAAACAAGGCACGUUCGGCACGAUUAAAUGUGUGGCAGUAUGGCGAUGUUGUUGAAUCACUAUGAUACACGAGAAAGAGAAAGUUCGACUGUACCUCCCGUUGCUUUUUUCUAUUUCUUCAAUUUAAAAUGUACAUUUUUCUUAUACACUUUAUAAGUAAUUUUCAAGGAUAAGACGAUAAAAAUAGUAACAAAAAAUAUUUUACAAUCAGAUAAUUUAAAAUCACAACAUAAAUUUUUCGCUUAACAAAAUUUUUUCUUUGUAUUUAAAGACAUUGAGUAAAAUUAUUUUUGUCUUUUUUUUUACUUCACUUAUUAAAAAAUAAACUAUGAAAAAAAAAUAUUUCCUUCCACUUUCAAAAGAGUUUCUAUUAUUUUCAAUCGUUUUAAUAAACACCAAUGCAUAUAGGAAAACAUUAAAAAGAAAUUUUAUUUAAAAAACUAUGACUGUGCCGUCAAAGAAAAAAAAUUAAUCUAGUUUUUUAAAAAAAUUGUUUGUAAAAGAAAAGCAAAUAUAAUAUUAAAACUUCUUGGGGCUGACAAAAUCAACGUACAAAUCAAAUAAUGUAACGCUCAAUUUUUUCAGC